UUAUCUGUCAAAAUUUUCAAAAUGGCGUAUUGUGAGCAAAGUUAAGCUUUUUGGUCAGCAAAAAUUAAAUAUUUGAUUAAUUUUGGAAGUAUUUGGUCAAAACAAUAGUAAUUUCAAAUGAUUAACUGUUGAUCUAAAUGUUUAGCACUAAAUCUCAAUUGCAGAGGAGAACUCCAGAUAAUGGGACAGAUCGAGAGCAAUUUCUCUCACUUUUAGUGGAUGAAUAUCUAAAUUCCACUUCAUACGAUGCUAAAUCACAAGUUUUGGCAAAUUUGGCCAAUUUCGCCUACGAUCCUAUUAACUAUGGCUACAUUCGCGAUGUUGGGGUUCUAGACGUAUUUCUCCAUGUUAUAAAUACUGAAAAUGAUGAGAAGUUACUUCACUUUGCCUGUUCAGGAAUAUGCAAUUUAUCUUGUGAUCCAUUAAAUGUUAAGUAUAUUCAAGAAAAUUGUGGUUGGAAACCCAUCAUACAACUUCUUAACAGAAAUAAUACGGACAUAGUGGCAAACAUUAUUACAACGCUGAUUUAUGCAUAUGAAAAACCUGAAGGCAAAAUAUUAGAUGCAGAAAAUCUGCUGAAAAUUAAAGAUUUUGAAAAAUCAGAGGAUAAAAAAGUUGCUAAUCUUGCUGCUAUUUUCUUGCAAGAUGUAUCUGGACUGAAUUGAACAAAAGCUAUGAUUUAGUGGUUUAAACACAAAAUGAACAAGAUGUUGUCUAAUAGAUUUCCAUACUUGGCUGCUAGCAAUCGAAACUACCAAAAAAUAUGUAAAUUGCACACUACUUCAUUCACCAGUGUAGCUUUUAAAGCAGGAGACAAAAUUAGAAUACAAAAGACAUUAACACAGAAGGAUCUGGAUGCCUUCUCUAAUCUCACAAGUGAUCACAAUCACCUGCACAAAAACAAUGGCAACAAGAGGCCAAUAGUCCAUGGAGCCCUGCUUAACGGGCUAGUGGCUGGACUCAUCGGGACACACAUGCCGGGGCCCGGCACGGUGCUCGUCUCUCAAACCAUGAAGUUCCCUAACAAGUGCUUUGUUGGUGAGAAGCUGACAAUCAGUGUGGAACUAGUUGAUGUCAGGAAAAUCCUGAAAGUUAAAUUUUAUUGCAUUGUUGAAGAGGAAAAGAAGGUUGUGUUCGAGGGGGAAGCCAAGCUCAUGCUGGCCAAAGACUGUUAAGGCUAAUAUAUUUUAUACAUUUACUAAUUUAUUCUUUUAGCAAUAAGCAGGUCAAAUAUCUUGUUGAGAUUGUAAGAAAGUUUAGCGAAUAAGCGAAUAAGGUGAUAAAAAGUUGUCAGUGCCAAUUGUAACACAAAAUGUGGUAAAUUAAAUAAAACUAAGUAAUAAAGUUAAAUAAUGAUAGUCUCAAUGUGAGAACACCACUUAAAAGUACAAUUAAUCAUAAGUUAACAAUAAAAAAGUAACUAAAAUAUGAGAUGUUAAAAUAAACAAUCAAAUGCUCUGAGAAAUACCCAAGACUGAUACUUUUGCAAAAAACCUCAAUAACUGUAAACCACAAUGUUCUGUCAUGUAUGCAUGUACGUUAAAUUGUUAGAUGUAAUUUUUAACUUGGCGAUCGUUAAUUUUUAUAAUAAAACAACAGCAAUGUUUCAAUUACAAUAUAGGUAAACA